UGCAACGAUGCAUUGUGGGAAACUCCCAAGUAGCUUUUCCCCCCCUCCCCCUUCCGUCCUCCCUCUCUCCUCUCUGCAGAACAUCCAGCUUUCAAGGUGUGACUUGUACGAACAACAGUCUGGGGAGAGAAGGUUCCGUAUCAUGUCCUGGUGAAAUAUUGGCUGAGUGAGAAGGUUGCUGGGACGACGGCUACAGGGAGAUCCAUUUGAGGUUGAUCUAUCAGCCUGCCUACACCAGGUGAAAGCAACGUGGGUACAUAUAGCUAGAAGUAAUAUCCUGAGAGCUGGCCCUGUGAAGGUCAGGUCACUCCCCCCCCGACAGCACUCAUAGGGAUGGAAUCUAAAGGAAGCACCCGAAGCGGAAGCAAACCUGAUGCCAAGGCCACCAGCUCUGGAAAGCCAGAGAAGCCCAUCCCCGGGCCUGCUAUGAAUGCAGACAAGAAGGAAACCCCCUCCAAGGAGCAGCUCACCCCUGUGGCCACAACGAAGAAGGCAGCCAGCGAGGCCGCUGCACUGAAUAACCACAGCAAUCUGAAACCCAAUCCUGCAGCCCCGGAGGUGCAAGAGGCCACUGGCCAGUCCCCUGACUCUGAGCACAAGGGAAACGGCGAGGAGGAAUCCUCAGGCAGUGUCUUCGACAAAGUGAAGCCAUUGGCCAUUGUUGGAGGCGUGGUGGUGGCUGCUAUUGCUAUAAUUCUGGGAGUGGCGUUCCUAGCCCGGAAAAAAUGAAGACCGAGAAAGGGUUGGGGGAGAGAAAUAUAAUCAACUGUACAGUUCCUUCUGAAACACAUGCAUGCAGUAAAUUCUAUACAUAUCUAUACAUAUAUAGAGAGAGCACUAGAUAGGGUAACUAAAGCACCAACAACUACGCCAAAAGUCUUGUUCCAAAGAAGCCGUGCCAGUUUGACCAGUAUGGGUACUCCAUGCACUCAAUAUGUGCUUUCGUGUAAUAUAACUUGGCUUGUACAACUGUGUAUAGAUUACAGCUUCUUCUGAUCAGUGUAAAUGCUUGUGUCCCCUCUCCCACGCUCCUCACCAGGAGACUCUCCACUUUCCCAUAGUCCCAGCAUUUCCAAGCAGAGGUGUUCUACAUCCCAUCCUGAGUCCCUGCUCUAUUUAUGUUGAUGUUUUUUAAUUGGGUUGUGGUAGAGAAGAGGAAAGGGAAUAGUACUAAGACCCCAUUCAUCAAUUAUUGUGGUUUAUUAUCAAUAUUGUAUCCCAACUUGUGCUGGCGCUUUGCAGACAUGUAAGAAGGCAGCUCUGAGCUUAUGGCCUAAUAGAUACAUUAUGUUCCUAAUGCUUAUCACCCAACCUUUAAAAACAGACAAGACAGGAGUAACCCAUAGCUGGAGGUGAGCUGACUUUGUGAUGUAGAAGAGUGUGGAUCACAUGGCAUUACAGAACCUUUUCUGUGUCUGAGAUGCAAGCCAAUAGCUACAGUGAAGCUCAAGGAGCAAAUAUGUCUCACUGAGAUCUACAGUGCAGUUUGCAGCUCAUGGAGGCAACAUGCAAGGCUUGGGGUCCCAUCUCAUCUCUAGUCAUACAGAGGACAGUUUCAAUCUGCUCCAUUUUAUGUAUAUUGGGGGCAGCCCCAGGCACCCAGCCAUUUGCCAAUGCAGAUAAGGCCAAUGGGACAGAGUUUGGGCAUUCCUGCCCUAGAGGGUGAUAGACUGUUUUGGACAUAAUACCGCGUCUGGUAAACGUAAACUGGCUUCAGUAGUGCACUAAGGGCCCAAUCCAAACUGCACUGAUGUCCAUUGGAGUUUUUCCAUUGACUUCAGUGGGCUUUGGCU